AUGUACGAGGAUGCGAAGAAUGCAGCUGAAAAUGAUGUAACUUUUCCAGCAGAGCGAACUCCACUACAGAACAGAUUGCUAUUUCACGUGUCGCAUAAGCUCGGAGAGGAGAAACGAUUGAUGGCUCAUCAUCAGCUUCUUGGGAAUACGCUCGAGGAUCAGCUCUCCUUGGCAUCAAUCCAUUACAUGCGUAUGCACUACACUGAAGCGAUUGAGGUCUACAAGUCGAUUUUACAAGAGCAUACAAAUAUGAUUGCGUUGAAUGUCUACAUGGCUAUGUGUUAUUACAAAAUGGAUUAUUUUGAUGUUGCACAGGAAGUGUUAGCAGUAUACCUUCGAAAUUUUCCUGAUAGUCCGGCUGCACUGAAUCUGAAAGCUUGUAUCACUUUCAAAACAUACAACGGCAAAGCAGCUCUGCCAGAAGUGGAAGUGCUUCAAAAAGCAACACUAUAUCCUGCGGCUGCGGACCUUCUUCGCCACAAUACAGUAGUGUUUAAAGAAGGAGAUGGAGCUAUGCAAGUAUUUCCUGGGCUAAUGGAUACCCUGCCUGAAGCUAGAGUGAACCUUAUCCUGUAUCAUCUUAAGAGAGAAGAUAUUGAGAGCGCUAUGACUUUGUGCAACGAUUUGGAACCCCAAUCGACCACGGAGUUCCUUGUAAAAGCAAUCACUUUUGCUUGUUGGGGACAAUUAAAAGAAUCAGUGAGUGCGAACUUUUCCCAUGGCAUCAAGGCGUAUCAUCACAAUGAUGACGUGUUCUCAUUCAACAUUGCUCAAACAGAAAUGCAAUGUGGAAUGUGGAAAGAGGCUGAAGAACACUUUCUUGCGGUCACCGGUCCUGAUAGGGAUAAACCAGCGUUCAAAUUCAUGCUGACCAAAACUUAUACAAUACCUGGACGUCAAAGUAUGGCAUGUUCUCUCUUCCUUAGUGGCCAAUACGAGGAUGCUUUAGUUUACCUAAACUCUAUUCAGGCGUAUCAUCACAAUGAUGACGUGUUCUCAUUUAACAUUGCUCAAACAGAAAUGCAAUGCGGAAUGUGGAAAGAGGCUGAAGAACACUUUCUUGCCGUCACUGGUCCUGAUAGGGAUAAACCAGCGUUCAAAUUUAUGCUGACCAAAACUUUCAUAAUGAAUCAUAAACCUCAACUUGCAUGGGAUAUCUACACAAGGUCUACAGAUCCCAAAGAGUCCUUCAAUAUCUUGAGGAUUAUUGCGAUGGACUGCUACUCGGUAGGCGAAUUUUAUUUCGCGGCGAAAGCUUUUGACGGAUUAGAGAAGAUCGAUCCCUCACCUGAAAAUUGGCAAGGAAAGCGAGGAGCUACGUGUGGGCUCUUUAAGAUGCUUGUGCAAGGAAGAGCAACAAAUGAACAGAUGUCAGAGAUUCUUCAGCUGCUGGAUCGUGGAAAUCACCCACAAGCAGAUUUUGUUUCUUCGACGAUACGAAGAUGGGCCAAAGCACACGAGAUUAAUUUGGAAUAG